UGUCUGGACAUCUAUUGGAGAGAUGCAUGUAGAUGUCCAACUGAAGACAAAUACAAACGAAUGGUGAAACAAAAGACUGGCGGUCUCUUCAAGCUAGCAGUGGAUCUAAUGCAGCUAUUUAGUGAAAAUAAAAGUGACUUUCAGCCAUUGCUUGAUGUUCUCGUGCUCUGGUUUCAAAUUCGAGACGAUUUUGCCAAUUUCUGUUCAUCUGAGUAUGAAAAGAGCAAGAGCUACUGUGAAGACAUCACAGAAGGAAAGUUUUCGUUCGCGAUUAUUCAUGGAGUAUACAGCAAUAUGCAGAGCACGCAAUUAAUAAAUGUAUUGAGACAACGUACAGAAGAUGUGGAUGUAAAGUGAUACUUUAUAUAAUACCUAGAAAAGGCACAUUCAUUUGAAUACACAAGGAAAGUGCAUUUUGCACUAGAAGAACAGGCAUUAGAGGAGAUAUCUAAGCUCGGUGGCAAUCCUGUCUUAUCUGCUGUGUUUGAACGCCUCAGAGCUGUGUAUGCCCACCAAUAGAUUGCUGAGAUAACAUGUUAAGCAAACCUGCGACGUCUCGACAUGCAAACAUUUUCCUAGCUGAGCAAGAUGGUAGAAUGAGAGACAGUUUACCAGGCUCAUCAAUAUCCACCUAUUGCAUGCCUGGCCAUGUUGACUUUGGUAAGUAUGACGCAGCGG